CGCCAUGACACGGCAGCGCAGUAGGCCAUCGUCCUUCAACUUCAAGGAACGCGGUGCUGCUCUCCUUCGGCGGUGUGACAUGGCCGCCACCGCGCACACCUAGGACAGUCCAAGUUGUUAGGACUUAACCCAGGAUCACACAUGCAUUCGAGGUGGAAGAACACAACGACUUACAGGAAGUUAAACACUACGACCUAUUCUGCCGCAGCAUGAACAGAGUAUGCUUCUGGCUAUUAUUCAGAAAACUGUAACUGAAAUCUGAAACUACCUGACAAUGUUCAGUGCAGCAAGAUUAACAUCAACACAAGCAAAGUGGUUGUCGGAGAAGCUGCACCAAUGCCUGAUCGUGUCGUGGAUUCCCGAUCUGCACCGGCUGCGGUGAGCUGGAGACGGCGAGCUGAUGCCGCCGCGGCGCCGGUGCCCGCUGUUGCCGAGGAAAAGACACUUAGCCCUCCUACUCCCCACGCUCUCCCGCCACAGAAGACGAGUCCCCUCCACGAGAAGAUCCUAAAGACGGUGGACGAGCUGAAAGGCGACCUCUCCGAGCUUUUCAACCAAUCUCCGGAGGCCAAGCCAAGGACACGAAGGGCGCGCCGUUCAUCGUCUGCUCCAGCUGCUUCACGCUCGUCCAGGUGCCCGCCAAGGUGCGCGACCUGCUCGGCCGUGCUCUUCUACUCCUACCGCGACCUGGACAGGAAGAAGACCGUCGACCAGUGCACGACGGCCGGCUCCUCGCCCGCGCGCCACGUCGGCGCACGGCCGAGCGAGCAGCUACUCCAGAAUGGAGGAAGAGCUGCACGUGUCAAGGACUCGUCCUUCGACACCAUCGUCGCGGCAGGGGAGGAGACGGCGGCGCGGCCACACAGCCACAGCCUACACCGUCUCAUGGAGUACGGCUCGGCGAGCGAGCUGCUGCUGCGGCGCUCCCCUAGCCUCUACGAGUAUGGGAGCUCCAACAAGAGGUCGGUGCCGCCGUCCGACGCGAGCAGGCGGCAUGAGGACAGGAAGGGGAAAGGCUUCUCCAAGGGUUGCGGCGGCAAUAUUCAGUGAUUGUUACUUCCUCUCCAGAGAAUUUGCCAAGGUGGAGUAUGUUCAUGAAUACAGAGAAGCAAAUACUGUAGCUCAGGAGUUGGUGUUCUUGGAAAAAAAUCCAUGACCUUCCUCUAUUGUACCUCUGCAAAUACUGUUGCUCAGCUAUAAAAAUAUGGUACGCCUUUGACGUACUCUUGAAAAAAAAUACUGUUGCUCAGGAGUUGGCGGCAAUAUUGAUGUAACUCAAAAUUGCUCAAAAAGCAGAGCAAAGAAGCCUGAUGCAAUAGUACCAAAACUAAAAACAAUCAGAAUUAACGAAUUCAAACUGAUGCAAUAGUACCAUUUAGUUCUCACGUUUCACAAAUCCAUGAUACAGUCUAGUGACUGGUUAUAGAUGCUGGACGGGGUGCACAACUUAUCACAAGGUCGCCGUCGUCUUCCUUCAUGGCAUUUACAUCCUGCUUGAUCUGCCCGUGCAGCUUCCCGUGCUCCUCCUUGGACUCCUUCCCGUGCUUGACGUCCUCGCCGGCAUUGGCAUGGUGCUUCUUGUCCUUUCUCUUUCUCCUUUGCUGUCUCCGCCGACAUGGUGUUCCUGCGGCGGGAGCCAUCAGUAGCAGCAGAGAAGCCCGUCAAGGCCGUCGUGCCCGGCAAGAAGGACAAGGGCCGCGACGACGAGAAGAAGGACAAGGGCGCCGACGAAGGCGAGAAGAAGUAAGACAACGCGCGUCGAGGUGGCGGGCCCAGGCCCCACCUGUCAACGACUAGACGGUCAUCUUCUUCACGUAUCUUUUUCUACGAGGCAUUCCAUCGAGCAGCUUCUGGGCGGCUGGACACUUGGUCAACUCUUUCGUUUUUCCCGGUCCCGGUCGUGCGAGUCGCCGGGCCUGUUGAGCCAUGCCUACGGGAGCACGGGCGGCGCCUUUCUCGCCGGAAAUACAGCCGCAAUCCAUCGAACGCGUACGCAUACAUGCGUUUUUGGCUUCAAGGAAUACAUCCAUCCAGCCAGGCAACACUGGCCUCCCAAUUUCUGCACUGAGCGCUCUGCCUUCCGUCGAACAGCUUAAGCGCGUGCAAGCUCCGCAGCUGCCUCGCCUCCCUCUGCUUGCCCCGCUGCUCCCGGCGCUCCCACAAGCGUGCCUUGGUCCCCCAGCUUCAUCCUUCAGGCGCCGGGCUCGGAACACCUCGCCGGUCGUCGGGCUGCCGGCGGGGACAGCCGUGGUGGUCGACCAUGGCAACUGUCGGAGGCGCGGGUCCAGACUGAGCAUGGCAACUGGCAGCGUCCGGCGAGGCUAGAGGCGAGCUGCUCAGGGCGAGGCGCGCGUCGCGGGAGCGGGCAGGACGUCCUCUGCGUGGCUGGUUGGAGAG